AUGGGUUUUGGUCAAAGAUGGAGGGGUUGGGUGAUGGAGUGUAUUAUCACGUGCUCUAUGUCAAUGUUGAUAUAUGGUUCGCCGUCCAAGCCGUUCAAGAUGGAAAGGGGUCUGAGACAAAGGGAUCCUCUGUCCCCAUUUCUUUUUGUACUUGUGGUUGAUGUCCUACAUAGGAUGAUUGGAGAGGCUGUGAGAAACGGUCGCAUAUCACCAUUGAUGGUUGGGAGAGAUCAUAUUGAGUUAUCGCACCUACAGUUUACAGAUGAUACUGUUCUAUUCUGCCCUCCGGAGGAAGACACAAUCAAGAAUUAUAGGAGGUUGCUUAGGUGCUUUCAGUUGAUGUCAGGUUUAAGCAUUAACUUUGAUAAAUCUAGCUUGAUUCCUGUUAAUUGUGAUGAGCAGUGGGUGCAACGUAUGUGUGGUGUGUUGGGCUGUAAGCAAGCCAAUCUACUAGUUAAAUAUCUCGGUAUCUUGUUAAGAGCAAACCCAAGGCUGGUGAAGACGUGGAAGCCAGUAAUAGACAAAGUGGAGGAGAAGCUUAGUCUCUGGAAGGCCAAAAUCCUCAAUAAGGCCGGUAAGUUGGUGCUUAUCAAAUCUGUGUUAAACAGCCUACCGGUUUAUUAUCUGAGCCUCUAUAAGAUGCCAAAGGCUGUUGCAGAGAAAUUGAUUUCCUUACAGAGAAAAUUUCUAUGGAGUAAAGAGGAUGGGAAGAAUGGUAUGGCUCUAGUUAAGUGGGAAGUGGUCCAGACCCCUAAAAAGUUAGGUGGGUUGGGGGUUGGGGGAUGCUAUGAUAAGAAAUUCAGCUCUUCUGUUUAA